CUGUUCUCUCUCUCUCCCUUCUCUCCUCCAUCUCCCUCACCCGCCCCAUCUUCCUUUGUCCCCUCUGUCUUCUCCACCUCUCCUUGUCUCCCACGCUCACUGCCAUCCCCAUCCCCCUAUUCCCCACGCGUAUAUUUCAACACAACACAAAGAAAAAUCCUAUAAAGGGUGGCGUUUUGAAUCGGUCUAGAGGGUUUUUUUUUUGGGGAUUCGGAGAAAUAACAGAAAUCCCCCAUAGACAAUAUUAGUUCUUUAGCAGUAUCGUUUGAUAUUGAGUCAAAAUCUACAUCAUUUUUUGUUCUGUUUUACCCUUGGCAUCUGUUGGAUUCGAGGGUAUAUAAAUUCGGGAUUCGUAGCGUUUCAAAGAGAUUUGAAGUGUUCGAGGUUAUAUCGAAACCCGUGCCUCACUUCGCUGCACCCGAAGAAGGUAGCCAUGAGUCAACACAACAUUUACCCGAUGUUUAGCAUGGUUUUGAGCGUUCCUCCUCAACUAAAAGCAUGGUGGAUCGAAUUGGGUGACUACAGACAACGGGUAGUACGUGGAGCGUUGGGGCAUUUACUGUCUUUGAUGGAUAUCCCACCGUGUAGAGACAUCAUCGAGGCAGCAACUGUGUUUUGGGACGAGAAAAGGGCCGUGUUUAGGUUUGGCAAUAAUGAAAUGGCUCCAUUGUUAGAAGAAAUAGGGGGUAUGUAGAAAAUGCUGCUUUGUUACGUAAGAAGAAAAAAUGGCAAAAUUGUGGCAUGAUUAUUCCAAAAGAGCCUUCACCAAAAGAAUUGGUUGACAUGUUCGGAUUUAGGAAGGGUAAAGGCGUAUAAUGCUUACAAGGGUCUGCAAUACCGCUUGAUUACUUGUAUCAUAGAUUUGGCCAUCAACGGAGUUUCACCCAUCAUCAAGAUGAAUUCUUCUCGCAUGACUCUUGGGAACAAAAACGAUGCUUUGCCUUCGCAGUAUGUUUUUUGGGCACUAUGGUAUUCCCUAAAGGGACAACAAGAGAUAUUCACACCCGACUCAUUACCGUAACGGAAGCUCUAUUUAGUGGCAUUGAAGGGAAGUACUACACAGUGGUCCCCAUGGUCGUGGCAGAUAUCUACCGAGCAUUAGGACGUUGCAAGCACGGCUACAAGCAUUUUGAGGGAUGCAACUUGCUUUUACAGAUUUGGUUGAUGGAACAUCUUCAAAAGGUUGACAGAAGUCUAGCACUUCGAAAGCCGACAGGUGAAAAUCACAUUCUGGGACAUGUUCCAGGCGCAAUUGUGACUAAUAGAACAUUCGAAAAGCCAAAUUGUGUAGAAGGGUGGGUAAGAUUUCUCAGCCAUUUGAACGAUGAUUCAAUUCAAUGGAUGUUCAGUUGGUUUCCAUCUGAGGGUUUGGUAUUUCGUGUGAAGAUCGUGCCGUUUUUAGUUUUGAUAGGACUUCGGGGCUUGCAACCUUACACCCCACUGAGAAUUUUAAGGCAAUCUGGAAGAAAGCAAAACAUACCUUUAGUGGCAGACAUGGAUCAUUAUCGAGCCGACUACAAGGAAGGAAAAAUUCCUUUUGCAAAAGAGGUUAUCAGCAUGUGGAAAUCAAGGGCAACUAUGAAAGUAGAUUCAAUCGAGCCAAAUAGAUACCAAGCUGGAUGCGAGGAUAACUAUCUGGAGUGGCUCAAGAGCAACGAAGGGCCUUCCUCAUUUUAAUUAGAUUAUGAAAGUCAAGUAGUAAUUGUAAUAAUUUCUUUACAUUGAGAUUUCAAAUUCUAAACACUGUAUGUUUUGGGGCCUUCAAUUAAUAGCACAUUGGGAUGACAUAUAAUUGCAUAUUUUAUCCUUCAAAUCCGCGUUAGGCCCACCUCUGGCACAAAAGAGGUCCUUUGCAUAAUAG